GUUUUACAGAUCUGGAAAGAAGAUGAUACCGACUUGGAUAAAGUUUUUAAAGCCACACUGUCAUCAGAUGUAUAUCGGAUACAUUCAUUACCACACACUGAACCCUUAGUCCUGUUCAAGGGUGGAGCUGUUAAGAGUUUGGAUGCUUUGCUAGCAGAUCCAAAACAAGAAAUUGAAAAUGUUAUUUCCAAAGAAAUUAUUAGAUGGAGUGAUGCUUUAAUUGGAGUUAAAAGGAAUGUUCUUUUAUUUAUUACUGAGGAGGAUGGGAAUUACUUCAUAUAUGUGCAGCAUUGCAAUCCAUACAUCCUUCAGAGGUUUAAAUUUGGACAAGGAGUUGGGUCAUCUACUGCCCUGAGCUUUGCGGCAUAUUUGAAAAACACGGUUAUCACACUCUUUUGCUUGUAUUCCAAUGGCUGUGUGUAUAAGAUUCUGAUACCACUACAAGAGAAUAAAACAGAAGAUACACAGAUUUUACCAAUAUCAGUUCUGCUCAAACUCAGUGUGAGUGGAAGUAUUCUUAAAGGAACUUCAAUUGUGAUUCUUGAUAAAGAUCAUAUUGCUGUAACAGGAUGCCUGGAUCCCUCAGAAAGUAAUAUCAAAGACUGCUUUUCAAUAUGGAAUAUUAAGUUUCAGACUCUGGAAGCAUCAAAAGAUUUGCCACAAGGAACAACAGGACAAUUGAGGUCAAGAAAGAAUGCUCAAGAAGGGACCCUGACAGUGGAACAGCUUCUUAACAUUAUUAAGGGUGCUUCUCAAAAUACUGUAGAAGAAAAACUACUGGCGUUUUUGUCUAGUGCUCCAGGGACAGUCUUUCAAGCAUCGGUUGGAUAUAUAGUAUCUGCUCUUGUGAACAGAUGUAAAGCAGAAUCUUCAUUCUAUCCUCGCAGUUGCUUGGUACAACUGAUUCAAACACAAGGCCUCUCUUAUAGCAUGUGUCCAGAACUGAUAGCAAUUGCAGUGGAGAAAACAGAUAUACAUCUGUUGCAGCUCUGUCUGCAGCAAUUUCCUGAUAUCCCUGAAGCAGUUAUUUGUACUUGCCUGAAGAUUUUUCUGAGCAUUGGUGAUGACCGCCUUGAAACGAUGAAUAUGAAUUCAGAUUUUGUACCAGAUCAUGUUCAUACUGUUGAAAACAACAAAAUGGAUGAACUGUCUAAAAUUAUACAGAAUGGCUGUACUUUUGAACUCAUAGAAGAAGAUAGCUGUGAUACGCAGACAAUACAGAAAUCCCAAGAAAUAGACCAAAGUGAAAUAUGUCCAGUUGGGCCACAGAAAGCAUCAUUGCUGUAUCCUUUGGAAUAUAUUAUUGAUGUGACUGAUGAAAAAGAAACGAUC